AUGCCUCCAGCAAAUUCACGACCCCAUCCUUUGCAGCUGAACGGCGCAGGACCAAGGCCGGCCAAAAUCGACACCUCGUACUCCUGGCUGGCCGCCUACUUUAUGCUCAACCUCUCCCUCACCAUCUACAACAAGGCCAUCCUUAGUACAUUCAAGUUUGGUUUCCCUUGGACCCUUACUGGUAUUCAUACCCUUUGCUCGGGAGUCGGCGCUUAUAUCAUGGGACGGUUGGGAUACUUCACACCGGCCACCUUGGGCGAGAACGAGAACAUGGUCAUGCUCAUGUUCUCGUUCCUUUACACGAUGAACAUCGCUAUUAGCAACGUGUCACUACAUGAAGUGUCGGUCGCUUUCCACCAAGUCGUGCGGGCCAUGACUCCAGUGUUUACCAUCGCGAUCUCUAUUCUGUUCCUCGGCAAGCGCUACACAACCCUGACCUACCUGUCCCUGAUGCCCUUGCUCUUGGGAGUCUACAUGGCGACCGUCGGCGACUACUCCUACACCGCCAUGGGCUUCUUCUUGACUGUUCUCGGCACAGUCCUUGCGGCCGUCAAGACUGUCGUCACCAACCGGAUCCAGAUGGGACGUUUGCAGCUCCACCCUCUCGACCUUUUGCUCCGCAUGUCGCCCUUGGCUUUUGUUCAGACUGUGAUCUUUUCAUGGAUGAAGGGCGAGCUGGAUGAGGUUGUGUCGUUCUGCAAAACGGAGAUGAGCGCCAGCCUGAUCGUGGCUCUCCUCAUUAACGGUAUCAUUGCCUUCUUCCUUAACUUCGUCUCCUUCACCGCCAACAAGAAGACCAGCGCUCUCACCAUGACUGUCGCAGCCAAUGUCAAGCAGGUGUUGUCGAUCGUGGUUGCCGUGACAGUGUUCAACACCAAGAUUGGAUUCCUCAAUGGACUCGGAAUCAUCAUGACCCUCUGUGGAGGUGCCUGCUACAGUUAUGUGGACUUCCGUGAGAAGGCUCAGAGAAUGAGACCCCCAACUCCAGCAUUCCCCCAGGUCUCCUCCAACAACGGACCAAUACUGACGGAGAAGGAGAGCGAAGAGUUGCAGAACAUCAGGAUAUCGACCCAGUAA